GUUGUAAGUUGUAAGUUGUAACCCAUAUAAAUCAUAAGGGAUAAAGUUUCGUAAUCCUAUUCUAUAAACACUCUUAUCUUCCCUCUUUUCUUAGUCUGCAAAUUGCUGCAUAUUUUGAACAGGAUUUCACGAAGAAUUGGGGCAAAACUACCAAGAAGUAGCUGCAGAUAACAUUCCAUUCGAUCUCAAUUUUCACUCCUCUAAUUACCUGCACCAUUGCAAACAGCUGACGGAAAUCAAAGAGAUUGAACAAGGGAAAAAAAUAACAAAGAGUACCAUCCCUCAAUCACAAUCAUCUAUAUCCAUGUAAGUUUGUUCUUUGUGUCAAUUGGUUUACAUGUUACGGAGAACACGAAUUUGUUUUGAUGAUAUAGGUGAUAACUGUGAUAAAUCUGCAAAUGAUGAAUAUGGUUAACUGUGUAAGUGCGUUUUACUUGUUUUUUUUUUUGUUCUUCAUUAAUGGCCACACACAUGUUUCCUUGAUUUUGGUAACUAACUUUUUCAUUGGUUUUAUUAUUCUAUUUUUGUGUAUAUAUGAUUGCAUCAAAUUUUAAUCUUUCUUUGAUAAUAUAAUUAUGUUAUAGACCACACAUGAUUUUAUUGUUUUGGGGUCGUUAAUGGAGUUCGGCCUUAUAAUUAAUGGAGUUUCAUUUUGUGCAUUGGCAAUAAUUUAUUUGGGUGCGCAAUAUUACCAUGCUAUAUAAUUACUUGUUUUGCAUUUAAUGGAGUUUAGCAAAAGUUUUGUGGAUUAAGAUCCCAUCAUGUUAAUGUUUAUUUUAUUUUACCCAAUUUAUUGUUGGUAAUAACUCCGAUAUGCCGAGGAAGAAGCCCUGGAUUGUUUCUGGAUUUUGUAACUGAUUUUGUUUUGGCAAUAUCAAGAAGGAUGUUCGUACUUUGUUUCAUAUGAUGCUCUAUAACGGUAAAUUGUCAGAACCUCUAAAUAAAUAGCGUAUAUGCUCAUUUUGAUACGGAUUUAUUCGUAUAUGACAUAAAUUUCAAGUGUUUAUGUUACAUGCGUAGAUAUAUUAGUUGUUGUUUUGUACAACUAUUUGAAUAUGGUUGAUUGCUUGAUCACCUUUUAUGGAAGAAAUAACUAGACAUUAUGUUAUAAAAGUCUAAGAAUGUCUCUCAUAUAUAAUGAUAAUAGAUUAUGAAGAGAUAUGUUUUGUGGGUAGGCAAAAUUGCUCCCACAAUAGUUAAGAAUGGAAUACAUGCAAAAAUCAGGGGAAGAUAGCUUUUAACUUUACAAAAUAGUUAUAUAAGAAUUAAAAUGAUGCAUGAUGGUAAAAGUGGUACACGUGUUGUUCAUAUUUCAUUAAUUCUUUUUAUGAAUACGAGUACAAGUUUAUGAUAUUAUUAUACCAUCCUGAAGAUGAAGAAUGAUGAAUAUGUGUCUUGAAAUUGAUAUGUACCACAAUUACAAUGAAUACUCCAGAAGAGUGUAAGCUAUCUUUCCAUAAGUUUUGUUAAAUUGUCUUGCCAUUACAAAUGAGACACCAGUUUGUGUCGUUAUAUCACAUCACAAUACGUUCAAAUUAUAGUAUUUUAUAGUUAAAGUGAUCACUUUGGGAAGAUAACCAGCAGUUAUCGAAUGAAAUAUUUUAUAUGAUAUUAUAUACGUACGAUGUGAUAAUUCAGGCCAUCCGGGUUUAAGAACACCCGUCGUGAGACAUUCCCUCAUAUGUUGUAUAUAUAUUCAAAGGCAAGACAUAAUGAUGAGGUUGAGGUGUACUUCAAUCAAAUAUUUAUAAUGAAGAUUGAGAAAAUAAAUACAAGAGAUAUUAAUUACUUUGAAAACUUGUAUAAUGAUAUGAUAGGUGACUUGAAGUUCACCAUGAUAGUAAGUGACCCGAAGUUCACCAUAAUGAUAGUAGGUGACUUGAAGAUCACCAAGAAGUUUACAAGUGUUUUGUAAUUGAUUUAAGUAUCAUAAAUCUCUUGAUUGGGGCAAUCAUGCGUCAGCACAAAAUGAGAAAAUAUGAAAAGAAUACAACUGCAUAUUGCAUCUACUCCCCAUAAUCAAUGUUAAUCUCCAGAAGAGAACGAAAGUAUGAAACAUUUAUUAAAAUACACGCUGAAAAGUGUAUUAUUAGUUGGUGAAAGAUCUUAUGCCCCAUAAUAUAUUGAAAAUAUUUUCCCAACUUAGGGAGAGACGAGCUAGAAUAAGUUGGUAAAAUUGAAAGAUAAUAUAUUGAUCCCCAUAUGAGUAAGUGUAAAUGCCAACUGUAUGUCCUCGAAGUAUGUUUGGACAUAAAUAUCUAUGACUUGAUUAUGUUAAAUUGUUACAUGUUCAGAUGCAUAAAUGUGUAUAAUGGUCAUAGUGCUCGAUGUUACUAUAAUGAUCUUGCCAAUAUUCAUUUAAAUCUCUGCACCUGAAGUGUAAAUUAUAUAUACGGUUCCAGAAUAGUGAUGAGAUACAGAAUUAUUUAUAUGAAAGGGCAAGACAAUGCAGUUGAUGAUAUUAUUGAAAAAGAAAAAAAACACUAAUAUAUAGUGUAUGAAAUACCCUUGAAGUGGUAGAUAUCUGAACUAUAAUAGAUGGCCCAUGAAAAAGAUGAAUGGUACCUAUUGAAUAAGUAUUCAGAUAUCAUUGAUGAAUAGAAUGCAAAGUAUAUGUUGAAGAAUUUUGAUAAUACCGGUAUAUAUAUGAUGGAACCAAAAUAUAAUGCAUAUGCAAGAAAUAAUGGAUUUUGAAUAGGGGAUUGUAAAUCUAUGUCUAUUUCGAUGUAGACAUCAUUAUGAUGAUCAAAUGAGCUCAUGGACCUGAAGUCCAACAAAUUAUGAAUUUAAAUAUCUACAAUGUACAGUGUUUUGCAUUUUGAGUCUUACAUUCAUUACUUGUGUAGUUAAUAUGUAAAUGCAUCAUUCAUCAUACAUUUAGUUUGUUUUGUGUUUUAUCAAAAUUGAUUUUCAUCUAUCCAGUUAUAUAUGUUUCAAAACUAUUAUGAUGUCAUAUAUGAAUAUGCAUCCAAAUAAUGGUAAGACGGAUUUGCAACUUUAUGAAUAUUAUAAGAGGAGUUUCUUGCUCCAAUGGGCGAAUAGUUGCGAAAGAAGUAUAUAUAUAAUGUUGAUUUAAUAACAUGUUAUGAAUCAUUCAAAUAAGAAAAGUUCCUGAAGAACUUAUACAUGAUGUUCUUAAACGCCCUUUAAGUUUUACAUAUGAAUGUCAUAACAUUGAUAAAAUAUUAUCUAAACUCUUGAAGAGUGGUUUUGAAAUGUCGUCUCAACCAGUAGUUUGAGUACUUGAGAAUUAUGAAAUAUACAUAUUAGUUUAUUCACGGAAGAAUUCUUGUACAAAUAUGAGUUGAUUCAAAAUUUUAAGAUAAGAGCUUACAUUGAGUUUUAUUUUAUGGUCCAGACGAAUCAUAAAUUAUAUUAUACCCUAAGUUGGACAGUGAUAUUAUAAUUUAUCAUAUAUUGUCAUGAAAGUAUGACUAGAGAAAUUUUGAUCAACAUUGAUGAUUACUACUACUUAUGACCUCCAGAAGAAGGUUUAUAUAUGUCCAAUAUUUAAGGAUACAUUUUGUAAUAUUAUAUACAAGAAAAUAUAUUUAUUUCAGGUAUUAUUUUCAAAAGUUUGGUGAUAUAAAUACUCACCUAGUGCAUACAAGUGAAGAUUUGAAAAUUCAAGUCAAAUGGUGGAGAAUCAAAUUUCAAGGAGCUACAUGUUGAUCCAUUUGAAAAGUUAUCAACAAUAUUAUAUUCAUUGAACUUGGAGAUCUCAAGUGAUGUAUUAAUCAGGGGGAGAAAAUACGCGUUGCACUUUUUUUCCCUUAAUUAUGGUUUUGUCCCAUUGGGUUUUUCCUGGUAAGGUUUUUAAUGAGGCAACAUUCCAAGCGUAUUAUGAUGAGUGUUGUACUCUUUUUUCCUUCACUAAGAUUUUAUCCCACAGGGUUUUCUUAGAAAGGUUUUUAAUGAGGCAUCAUCUCAUGUACAUUAUAGUUCCAUUGUAUUGUUUUAGAUAAUGGACAUCCAAGGGGGAGUGUUAUAAAUAUAAUGUAUUGUGGAUGCCCAUUAUACCCUCGGCAUCCUUAUCCUAUAUAAUGUACGUAUGUGUACAUAUGAUGUGAAUGUGAAAUAAGAUGAUAACCGCCUAUUUCUCUCUUCCCUUCUCUCCCUUUCUAUCUACUUUUAUAACACUCUUUUGAUUAAUGUGAUUUUAACCUGUGGUUAGAAAGAAAGAUCAAUGAAUUAAAUAUAUUUGUAUUUAUGAUUUAAUGGUUAGAGAAAGAUCAAUGAAUUAAACAUAUUUGUUUUCAUGAUUUAAAAUAGAUUGACAAUAUUUAGUUGCUCAUUAAUAAUUCCAAAAUUUGAAUUUUUUCAUUGUAAUUAUCGGCUUAUUGAGUGUUUGAUAUCUUUCUUAAUUUUAUUAUCUAAUCAAUUUUUAAAAUUUUCAUUGUAAGACUUCGUGUGAAGUAAGAUGACAGAAGUUGCUUACCUAGUCCACUCUCAUGUGAGUUCUAACUUGUCAUGCUCAAACAAACAACAAUGCUCACUUCUUAAAAAGUUAAACUACACGAGAAUUGCAAAUAUACGGGAAAUAUAUAACUUUCGAAGGGGACUAGGUAAGAAACUUUCUCAAAUUCCGUGGAAUAAAAAGAAAUUGGUUGGAAAUUUCAAUUCCUAUGCUCAUGUCAACCAACCAAUCUCUUUUACCUUUUAACUUCCUAGGAAAUUGACUGGCUACGGGUUCACGAUUCGCUACCUAAUUUGUUAAAUUAGACCAAAAAUAGACAAUGUUUAUGUUAUAAUUCGUUUUUUUUGGUUUGCGGUUCGUGGGAUGAUUGAAGAAUUAAGCGACACUGGUUCUAGGUCUAACAUUUUUUUGUGAUUGCAAUUGUGAUUGAAGAAUUAGGUGACACUGGUUCAAGGUCUUAACAUUUUAUUGUGAUUGCAAUUGUGAUUGAAGUGCAGGAUACAUGGGUGAUUGUGAUUGGUCUCCGCUACCUGUUGAUAUCCUUGGAGAAAUAUUGUUGAAGCUAGAGUCUCCUCAAGACAUUAUCUAUUUUUCUAUGGUAUGUAGUUCAUGGCAUUACGCGUAUUCUUACUAUAAAAAGAAGUGGAACAAGAGUAUGCCAUGGUUAAUGUUGCCAGAGAACACGAAAGAUAACCCUAACUUCCUUAGGAAAAUAUUUUGUGCAAAUAACCAAAGAUGUUACCAAUUAAAACCCCCUCAAACUUUUGGGGCUAGAUGUUGGGGUUCCUAUUGUGGUUGGAUUGUGACUCUUGAUUUUAACCAAGACUUGCAUAUGUUUAACCCACUAACCACAACUCGUAUUCCCCUACCUCACCUAUCAACCAUGCCCGGUUAUGAUGAAUUUUUUUGGGAUGAAGAUUUUUUUGAGAUAAACGAUACGAAAUUUGAUGUGUUAAGAGGUAUUUUCUUGCAAAAGGUGCUUGUUAUUCAAGCUAAUGAUAAAGGAGGAGGAGGAGGAGGAGGAGAUGAUUAUAUUCUUAUAACAAUUCCUGGCCAACCUAAUGGAAUCAUAAGUUAUGCAAAGUCUGGUGAUCUAGAAUGGACUUCGGUUAUAACUAAGGGGAUAAAUAAAGGAGCAUGUGUUCUUGAUGUUGUGCGUUGGGGUUCACAAAUGAUAUUUUUGUAUUGGGACGGAGGAACUGGAUAUUGCGACAUCAAUAAACUUGAUCAUUCAAAUUUAGAGCCAGCGACAUUAAUGGAAUAUCUACCUCCACCCACAAAUUCUCUUAAAAAUAGAGCACUAGAAAAAGUUUACUUGUUGGUGUCAUUUGGUGAUCUUCUAAUAGUCCGCCGACUCAAACAGAUGAUUAAUUAUGAUGAUGAUGAAAUUGGGGAUCCCGAUUAUUUUUCUUAUCAAACAAUGGACUUUGAGGUAUACAAACUCAAGUUAGGCACCAAAAAUUGGAAGCGUGUUAAUGAGUCAGAUGAUGUUGCAUUAUUUGUUGGGGACAAUACUUGUAUGUCUGUUCGUGCAUCAAACUUUAGUAAUUGCAAGAACAAUUGUAUUUACUUCACCGAUGAUGAGUGGCAAUUUUGGAAUUCGUCGGACGUUAAGAGAGGGCAUGAUAUGGGACUUUUCAACAUAACAAACAAGAAGAUCGAAACCAUUAAUGAAGGUGAUGACAUACGUUCUAUUUUUUGCACUGAUUUAUGGUUUAUACCUAUGUUUUAGUGGGUUUUUAUUUUCAUUUUUUUUAUUAAGUAUUGUAUCAUCAAAACUUUUUAGUUUUUAUGCAACUUUGAUAAAUGCCAUAAUAUAAAACGGUAUUUUGUUGCAUGGAGUCUUGAAAUUAGACAUCUUUCGUACUCGU